AUGAAACCAUUAUCUAACAUAUCAUUGAGCAAUAUUGGAUUUAGUCUCCAUAGCAGGCCUGAUUACCUCAAUGCCACUCUUUGCUUCUCAUUGGCCGCCAUAUCAUAUAAUGAUAAACAUGAAGCUUGGGAGCCUCUUGUUGAACCUGUUGAUGGUGUCUUAAGAAUUGUUGAAGCUUUAUUGGAUGGAGCUGCUUCUACUAAACGUGAGGUUGUUGUUGCAACUCUUGGUCAGGUUGUACAGAGCACAGGUUAUGUGAUAGCUCCAUAUAAUGAGUACCCACAGUUGGGCUUACUUUUAAAGUUGUUGAAUAGUGAGCUGGCAUGGUCUACAAGGAGUGAAGUUCUUAUGGUUCUUGGAAUAAUGGGUGCUUUGGAUCCUCAUGUUCAUAAGCGUAAUCAACAAAGCUUGCAAGGGCCUCUGGGUGAUGGGACCCAUGCAACCAAUGAUACAUGCCCACAUAUCCAGUCUAGUGAUGAGCUGCCAAUGGAUUUUUGGCCAUCAUUUGCAACAUCAGAAGAUUAUUUCUCCACUGUUGCUAUCAGUUCUUUAAUUCGGAUACUUAGAGACCCUUAUCUUUCUAGUUAUCAUCAAAAAGUCGUUGGCUCUCUCAUGUUUAUUUUCAAGUCAAUGGGUCUUGGCUGUGUGCCUUACUUGCCAAAGGUUUUACCAGACUUCUUUCACACUAUCUGUACGUGUGAAGAUACUCUCAAGGAGUUCAUAACUUGGAAGCUUGGAACUCUUGUUUCAAUUGUGCGCCAGCACAAGGAAUAUGAUGAGAUUGAGGGGCGAUUACAAAGGCGUAGACCUUUAAUUGUUGCAAGUGUAGCAGCACCAAAGUCAAUCUGACAGCCUCCUGUGGAGGUUAUUAGUGAUCCUUUGAGUGAUAUGGAGAAUGAUCCUUAUGAAGAUGUUCACAAACAAC